AUGCCGCUCAUCAAGAAAAGGCUGAAUUUGACAGCAACCAACGACCAGAAAGGCUGCAAAUUCCUGGGACUUCCAGCUGAGCUGCGGAACCGCGUCUACGAACUCACCUUCGAGAAAAGACCAUGUGCAGUCCCUAGACGCAGUCUGUCCAACAGCAAAGGCCUCAUGAAAGGACCGGCCCUUCUACUUGUAUGCAAGCAAAUCCAUUGCGAAGCAAUCAAGAUCUACUACAACAACACUAGUUUCGACUUCGCUAGGAUCUAUCGACUUGAACAAUGGAUGAGGAAAGUCGGGCCAGUUCAUGGUCGCGAGCUGACCGAAGUCGUUCUGUCGGGUGGCACCUGUUGCACACCGGCCGUAAACGAGAGCUUCUUGGCCUUCAGCAAGGAAUGGGCCAUUGAGAAGGCGCACGUGAAGGAAGGCGUACUUUUUAUGAAGUUGUCUAAAAGUCAUCGUUUCACUAUGUCCCGUGGAGCAUCGGAAGAUACACCGAGAAUGACGACCCGAUACAAGCACUAG